AUGGAAAUACAAGAGAGUGCACUUCCGGAGACUGUCACUCUGGGAAAACACGUCUCUCUCUCUCUCUCUCUCUCUCUCUCUCUCUCUCUCUCUCUCUCUCUCUCCUUCCCAGUGUAUUUAUGUAGGCAGAGGCCCAAUCUUUCUUUCUUUCUUUCUUUCUUUCUUUCUUUCUUUCUUUCUUGUUUUAUUUCUGACUCUUUUUCUUUCUUCCUUUUCUAUUUUAAUUCUUCCUUUCUUAUUCUUUUUUUUUCUUUCUUUUCCCCAUUUUUCUUUUCUUUCUUUUCUUUCUUUCUUCUUUCCUUUUUAUUUUUCUUUCCUUCCCUCUUUCUUCUUCCUUCCUUAAUAAUAUUCCUUCAUUUCCUUCCUCCUUUCUUUCCUUUCUUUCUUAUUAAUCCUAGACUUCCUAAUUUAUUCUUCCUUCCUUUCUUUCUUUCUUCAUGGCUUUCUUUCUUUUUUAUUAAUCCUUUCUUUCUUCUUUCUCCUUCUUUCUUUUUUUCUUUCUUUUCUUUCUUGUUCUUUAUUUUUCUUUAUUCUUUCUUUCUUCCUUCCUUCCUUCCUUUCUUUUUUCCUUUCUUCUUCCUUUCUUUCCUUUUUUUCCUUUCAUUAUUUCUUAUCCUUCUUUCUUUCUUUUUUUUCUUCCUUUCUUCCUUUUUUUUCUUUCAUUUUCUUCCUUUUUUUCUUUUUCUUUCUUUUUUUUCUUUUCUUUCUUUCUUUUUCUUUUUUCUUUUUUUUUUUUCUUUAUAUUGGUUUCAUCUUUCUUUUUUUUUCCUUUUUUAA